AUGGUGCAAGAAGCGCUGUCAAGUCUGCGGCAGCGCAUCAGCCAAUCGACAGGGAUCAACACUGCCAGACAAGAGCCUGAGGAUCCAAUACGAAGUCACGAUGGAAAGCCAAAUUCCCACGCCCCUCCGAACUCUCGCAGGGGCAUCCGGCUGAACCGCGUGCUUGGUCGGAUCGUGCCGAUCAUUCUUCUGGUCUACGUUGCGAACGCCUAUGAUCUCGUUGUUGUGCGGCACGCCUAUCGCCAAGUCUACUUGCAGCAGGGCAGGCUCCUUCCGUUGGGGUUGUGGCUCGUGCCGACGCACGCACUCUUCCUUUGGUCGCUGCGUGCGUACCUGCGCGUCUUCUUUGCGCACAGCCAGACACCCUCCCGCAGCCAUACCAACAAUCAGAAUGGCGUGCUCGCAUGGCUGCGCUCAGGGCUCGGUGCAACAUUCGCUGAUCCCGACCCAGCAGACACGACCAUCUCGAUCGCAUCCGUCGUGCAAGGCAACGACGUGACGGUGGAACUCUGCAGCGCAGAUGGGCAGCCUGUCCGCUGCUGGAGAGACAGCUGCAAUGGACGCAUAAAGACUUUUCGCAUGCGUCACUGCGGAGACUGCGCAACCUGUCGGGUUGGAUUCGACCAUCACUGCGCCUGGUUCGACAACGACGUGACCGCCCCGUCCACCCUGCGGCCGUUUAUCAGCUUCCUGCUCUCCAUCCCGCCGCUGUACGCGCUCGGCUUCGCACCGCUCUUCCGUCCCACCUGGCGCUCGUUUUGCGGUCUUGCUGCUUCGGCGGCCAGCGAUGCACAUAUCGCCGAGGUGUGGUGGGGCAGAUGGUACAGCUGGGUUGGUGGGCCGGUGCUGCGCUGGAUCGUCGCGCUCUCUCUUGCAUCAAGGCGGAGAAGGGAGCAGACUCCAGACGCAGUACGUGCUUCUGUCGUGAUUGCGCUCGGCGCAGUUUUCGUGCUGAUCGCAUCGGCGUUGGCCGCUUCCUCGCUCGGAAGCCUGCGACGCGGAUUGCUGACGGUCGAUGUGGAGCGCGCAAAGGCGUAUGCGAGGUUGCAGCGACAGAUGCAGAAGCUCGACGCGAUACGAGAAGAGAAAGAUGCGCUUCAGAAGGGACUGGAUAGUCUUGGACCUACACAGCACUUCCGCAUUUCUUGGAUGGAUCCAGAUACUGGCGAGGCCAGGACGGAAGUCGUGGCACUGUCCAUCGACGAUGGCUUGUUGUCGCAUGCAUCGACAGCGGCGAAUCUACGCGCAUUCCUAAUGCCCUCACGCUCAACAUCAAGACCAGGUUGGGAUCUGUCCGAGCCCGCGAUACGCAGUCUGCUCACCAAAGCCACGAUCCCAGUUCACACCUAG